AUGAACAAGUUUGGAGAUUUACCUGGCAUCGACAUCGAUAGUCAAGAAAUCUAUGAAUCAUCAGAUGUCGAAAAUGAGAAUCCUACUGAUGAGGAGAGACAAGAGCAAGCGCCACCAGAUAUCAAUCUAGAACCAUUACAAGCUCAAUUUGUCGACAUUGAAAUAACCGACAAGGAAUAUGACUUCUCUGGCAAUCUACUAAACCAACGUGGGUUUCAAGUUGGGGAAAAGAAGGAGACUAAGAUGGAAAAGUUGGCGAGGAUAAAACGAGAAUUAGAGGAGAUACAACAAGAAGAAGGGCCCGAGUGUUCCGAUGCUGAUGAGUUACUAUCAGCAUUCAAUGCAUUGAAUGCAUCGCCGAGUCAACGAAAAUUCCCCACUGAAGAGGAACUCAAAAUCGAUGAGAUAUUGAUACCACCACCUGAACCAGUUCAUGCCACAUCACAACAAAUUGCCAAAUUUGUCAAUCUAGAGAAUAAGUUGAACCGACUUGAAACGCAAUUGGGCACAGACCAUCGACAAUCACGGCCACUUCAACACUCAAUCAACGAGAUAAUUAGAAAACUAGAUAUUAUAAAUCAUGCUGAACACAAUGCCGAUUCCAUCAAGUCCAAAAUUGAAACAACUGGGAAGGAAAUGGAGAAAUUAGAAUUGAAUAAACGAUUAUUUGGAUGGGAGGAUGUGCCAGUCCCCAAAAAUGAGAAGAUAGAUGAGCUAUAUAAUAUCUUACCCGAUUUGAAAACUUAUUGUACUGUAGCUCCAACAAUAUUGGAGAGAAUCAAAGGCUUAAGUGGAAUACAUAAUGAAUUGGAAGAAUCGUUAAACUUUGCAACCAACUUGAAUCAACUUAUAGGCGACUUGGGACAAGAUAUCCGGGAGUGGGAUAAAUCGUUAAAUUCGUUGAAUCGUAGCUUGGAAACGCUGAAGGAAACCUUUGAGGAAAAUUGCAGCAGAUACGAAACGAGAUUGGAUGAGCUUGAAAAACGAAUACUCAGAUCAUAA